UUGAGCCGCUGUACAAAAUUCAGUCGGCUCAAUCCAAGAUGGCGAUCGCAGCGCGAACUGCAAGGAGAGUAUUAAAAACUGUGAUCGACGCACAAUAUUUGGCCGACAAUGUAAUUUUCUCAAACAAUGAUCUCAUUGCAAUAAACAAGCCUUAUGGAUUGCCUGUGCAUGGGGGACCUGGAGUGGUUCUGAGUGUUGCUGAACUUCUUGAGGAAUUUGCUGCAAUAAAAAACUAUCAAAAUAAACCAGAGCUUGCUCAUCGCUUGGAUAAAGACUGUAGUGGUGUCUUACUACUUACAAGGAAUAAAACAGCGGCGCAAAAAAUAGCAGAAAUGUUUCAAAGCAGAAUGGUGAAGAAAAGGUACUUGGCCGUGAGUGUUGGAGUUCCUAGGUAUGAAGAGGGGACAAUAAGUAUUCCUGUUGGAUAUGGGAGAGUUGGGCCGUGGGAGCGCAUCAUUAUCAGACAAGACUUGGUUGGCAAAACACACAAGGAAAUUACAGAAGCUGGAUUCAAACAAGCGAUAACCAAAUUUAAGAUUCUUGAUGAAAAUCAGUCAACUUGUUCCCUACUUGAAAUAGAGCCCAUCACAGGGCACAAGCAGCAGAUAAGAGUACACCUCGCAGAUGCCUUGAGGUGUCCAAUCCUUGGUGAUCACAAGUUCUCGUCAGAUAAGCCACAACCACAGGUAAUUCCACUAAGACUUUUGCAACUUCUACAAAUUUCUGGUGUCAAGGGUGUUGAUGGCAAAAAAGGAAGAAUAAGGCCUUGGCAGAGAGGCCAGAUUCCCCUUCAUUUGCAUUCACAUCAGCUGGUUCUGCCAAAGUACCAUACUGGCAGUGACCUGGUCAUCUCUGCACCAUUGCCAAAAUACUACCUGGACACCUUAAGCAGGUUAAACUUGCAUCCAAAGCGCAAGAAAAUGAACCAAUCAAGGGAGGAAGAAGAGUAUUACAGACUUAAACGGCUUGGGAAAUCCACAAAGAAGAUUGUUGGUUUUUAGAAUAAAUAUGUCUAUACUGAUGUACUGGAUGUAUAUGAGAGUGUAAAAUAUUUGUAAAGUAAAUACAGUAAUAUGAAACUUCACUUCCCUGAAA